AUGAGAGCUCUAACGCGCUUCCUCGCCACCUGUUCUCUCAUUUUUUCCCUCAGUUGUUGUCCAACCCUCGCCCUUCCACAACCAGUUACCACGGACUCGUCGGUGGGCGAGUGUCCAGAGGUAAUCCCAGCACCCGGCCUCCCAAGCCUCGCAUCCCUCAACCUAACAUCCGCCGACCUCUGCAAACCGCCAGAGGAAUUCAUGAAGACCUAUACUAAUCCAGCCUCCGCAUCCCUACUCGACACCCCCCUGAGCCUCGACCUCCCUCCAAUUGCUACAACGAGCGCCAACGAAGGGGAAAGUUCGCUCGUCAAGCGCUACGAGCCCCGCUGCAGCACAUCAGCCAUGAACCCCGAAUACGCCUGGGGGUGCUUCAACUACCUCCACGCACUGGGCAGCACGCCCUGCGUCAUCAACUCCACCACCUACAUGAUCCGCUUCUGCUAUACCGACGGCCCCGCGGGGAGCGUCGAAUGGUGGGGCAUGAACAUGAAGGUUCACCUCGGGAUGACUGUGCAGUCUACUUGCCGUAAUGUAGCGCUGGGCGGCCACUGGGUCCUCUACAACUGUGUUAUCGAUGGAGCUUUGAGGGAUGGCGCGAAUGCAGCAUGGGGAAACGAAGACAUCGUUGUCAUAUUGGUUCCAGCUUAA